AUGCCACUGUCGUCGUUGGCCUUCAAUCCUUCCCCUUCCAUGUCUUUCCUUAUCGCAUUAGGGCUACUCAUUUGCCCUAUUUUAGCAUCAUGGUCAUUCAGAAUCGCAUCGCAUAAGCGGCAAUGGUCAAAUAUCGGUGACUUCCGGUCUGCCAUUCAGGCUAACCGGGGUGGUCUGGAUUCCCGUAUUGAACAGGCAGAAAGUGCUUUUGGCGUACAAGGAAAAGAUGUAGCUUCACCAUUUUUGGCGGAACUAAUCGAUCGUGGCGUAGUGGCGCAGGCGACUGACCUGUCUAAACUGGAUGAGCUUCUUUGCUUGCAUGAGGCUGCGCCUGAAUCAGCUAACGCGCAAGUACCAGCCAUAUAUUACGGCAUUGACCUAACUGCGAACUUCGUGCACGAGGGCACGCUGCUACAACUCUUGCUGCUCCGCAGAUUCUUGGCCCACGGCUUCAAUGUCGUCAUUGUGCUCGGGGGUGGCACCACACCAGUGGGUGACCCAUCGUUCAAAACAAAGCGCACAAAAGCAACACUGGCAGCAACAAGUGGGGAGGUGGUUGGCAACAACGCCAUUCUUGGUUCGGUGUCGACAUGCCCAUCAGUGUCCAAGGAAAACUAUGACGGUAUUCUCAAUGUAGUCAAGAAGUUGUUAACACGAGAAAUAAUAACCGACGGGGGAGAGAGGUUCUCUCCAAAUCUGUUUUUUGUUUCUCAGAUGGGAGAAGCUGAAAUCGCACGUAUGAGAUCCAGCCGCCACAAUGUGGUUGUGGUGAAUAACCGUAAUCUCUACGACAACGUCACACUCACCGAGUUCCUCAACACUGUAGCACGCCAUAUGAGCGUGGGGAGGAUGCUGUCGCGUGAAAGCAUCAAAUCCAGGCUGAUAUUGGAGGACGGCAGAGGUGCAGCUCCACUACGCAAAGCUAACAUGGACCUGGGCGAAUUCAUGUACAUGGCUCUGCAGGCCGCGGAUUUCGUACACGUUGCGUCAAAGUUUAACGCUGUUAUACAGCUCGGUGGCAGCGACCAGAUGGGAAAUAUUAUGUCAGGCGUUGAGUUGGCGGGUAGCCUGAUUGAACUGAACAAGUCGUUGCUGGGCGUGACCACACCGUUGCUACAGACGAAAAAAGGGGAGAAAGUCAGCAAGUCAAGCGCAGAGUGCCUGCUAGCUAUUACUGCGGAAACUCCUGCGUUAACAUUGUGGUCGCAUUUCAGGAACCUGGAUGACGAGGUGGUGCCAAACUACCUGAGAUGGCUCACGCAGGUACCACUCACAACAAUCGAUGAUACUCUCGCCACACAUGUAAAUCAGGCUAAGGCGUUGCUGGCGGAUGAAUUGACUGCGGCAAUAUACGGCAACGAGUACAAGGAGGCACUCCACAAGCAUUGGCUAUCCGGUGAAGCAGCACAAUUACAUCAGUCCAUAGAUGGGUGCGAUCCCGAAGAAUAUGGCUCAUUCGCAAGAUUCGUGAGUUGCGUGCCGCGAGUGUUCCUCAAAGCUGAAGAACUGGAAUCCGGUGUUCCAUUUGGCGACCUGUUGGACAGAGUACGUACGCCCCAACUGACGUCAGGGCUCUUCUACAGUAACCGGCGCGCGAUACGCGAGGGCACAUGCCGUAUCAACGGAAAAGUUGAGACGCGAGUCGAUCGCUUCAUAACCACUGACGACCUGCUACACGUGUCUUCCACGGAUGGACGUGUCAUCAAGUACGUAGCUCUGCAAUUCGGGAAGCGGCAGCUACACCUCGCAGUGCUGGAAUCUUCUCACACCGCAACGUAG